AUGGCUGAAAGCGAAGUGUCCGCAUGUAAUCGCCCGAGCUGCGCCAGCACCCCAGCGCGCCUCGGGAAAACUUCCAGAGCGCCGCGUCCCUGCGCGCGGGGCGCGGCACCGGCUUGCGCGCGGGAGGGCGGCUGGGACGAUGGCAGCGAGCCGGCGGGCGCAGCCCGGCGGGGGCGGGCCGAUCCCGGGCCGCGCGUGCGGGGCCGGCGGCUCGCCCUGCUCCACGACGGCUGGCCGAGACCCGGGCGGCCCGGCGGCUACGUAACCUGCGGACAGGGCGGGUGGAGCAGCCCGAGCCGCCGCCCCGGCCGGGGCCGCGGGCUGCCCCCCCCGCCCCGCCGGCACACGCUGCAGGCGCCGGCACGCGGGGGGAGCGCCCGGCCCGGCGCGGGGCCGAGCGGAUCCCCGCGGGCUGUCCCGCGGGCUACUGCCAUUCGCCCCGCGUGCGGCAGCCUGCGGGGAGUUCCAGGAGCGGGCGGGAUUGGCAGAGGGUGGAAUUCGGCCGCUCCGGAGGUUUGCGCGCGAAUGCUGCGGGUCAAGGUGCGGGAUGGCUGCGGUCAGGAGCGCGGCGCCGGGCUCGGCGAUGGAGCGGGCUGCGGAAAUCCCAGCGGCGAAACCCAAUCGGGAACCCCUCCGGACCCCCGGGAAACCCACGGAACCCCCCGGGAAUCCUCUGGGAACUCAUCGGUUAACGGUCCCACGGGAAUCUCCCGGGAACGCCCACUGGGAACCCCACAGGGGAAAUUCCCAUCGGGAAACCCCACGGGAGCCCCACCGGAACCCCACCGGGAACCCACCGGAGACUCCAUCGGGAACCCCAUCGGGACCCACGGGAAACCCCACCGGGACCCAUCGAAACCCCAACGGGAACCCGCACGGGAACCCCACCGGGAACCCCAUCGGGAACCCCAGCGGACCCCACCCGGAGCCCCACCGGGACCCCACCGGGAACCCCACGGGAAACCCCAGCGGGGAGACCACUUUUUUUCACCAGCCGCUCCAGCUGCCCGGGGAAAAGGGCCCCCAGGGGAGCGGACCGGUCAGCGGCACCCUGGAGGCACUCAGGGAAACGCAUAA